AUGGCUGAUAAUAGUGUUAUCAACGAACAUUGCCCCGGUGUCAACAGUAAUUUAGCCGGUAAGGUUUCAGCCUGUGAAGGAUGUCCCAAUCAAAAUAUAUGUAGUUCAGGAGUUACUAAAACUGAUCCAGGUAUUGCACUAGUUAAACAGAGACUAGAUGAAGUUAGACAUAAAAUUUUGAUUUUGUCUGGAAAAGGUGGUGUAGGUAAAAGUACAUUUACUUCAUUAUUAGGAAGAUAUUUAGCUAAUUCGCUAGAUACCAAAAAUAUAGGCAUUUGCGAUAUUGAUAUAUGUGGUCCAUCAAUUCCAAGAAUGAUGGGUACGUUACAAGAAGAAGUUCAUAAUAGUGGAUCGGGAUGGUCUCCAAUUUUUGUUGAAGAUAAUUUAAGUGUCAUGUCUAUCGGAUUUCUUUUGGGUAGACCAAACGAAGCCGUUAUUUGGCGAGGUCCCAAGAAAAACGCCAUGAUUCGUCAAUUUUUAUCCGAUGUUGAUUGGGGACAGUUAGAAUAUUUAUUGGUUGAUACUCCUCCGGGUACCAGUGACGAGCAUUUAUCCGUUUUUAAUUAUUUAAAACAUACAAACUUAUCAGGAGCCUUAAUUAUAACAACACCCGAAGAGGUAUCACUUUUAGAUGUAAGAAAGGAAAUUGACUUUUGCAAAAAAGUUAAUAUUCCCAUUUUAGGUGUCGUUGAAAAUAUGUCUUGUUUCACUUGUCCAAAUUGUUCGAAAUCAUCAGAAAUAUUUGCUGCAAAAACGGGUGGCGCGUUGAAAAUGUGUUCGGAUUUAAAUGUUCCUUUUUUGGGAAAAUUGCCCAUGGAUCCGAAAUUAGCCAGAGCUUGUGAUGAGGGUAAAGAUUUUUUAACCGAAUUUAAAAGUUCUUCUGCUGCUGAAGCAUUUACGGAAAUUGCUAAAAACACAAAGCAAAAAAAUACAGUAGGAUGCUGGGAUGCAUAG